GGGGCGGUGGGAUCAGCGCUGCCGCCUGUCUUUCAGGAGGGUGGAGGCCUGGGGGACCUGUUCCUCAACCUAAGCGGAUGAAUGGCGACUGUGGAUGACCUCAAAUUCCAAGAAUUUGACGAUGCAGCUAAUUUGCUUGCAGCAAAUCCUGAUGCUACCACAAUAAGCAUUGAUGAGCCAGUUGAAAUCCCCAAGAAUCAGCACGGCCGUCUGCAGGAGUCAGGGAGGGAAGAGGAUGAUGAACUACUGGGGACCGAUGACUCCGAUAAAACGGAGCUGCUUGCAGGACAGAAGAAAAGUGCCCCUUUCUGGACAUUUGAGUACUACCAGACGUUCUUCGAUGUGGACACUUACCAGGUCCUGGACAGAAUCAAAGGUUCGGUUUUCCCAGUACCAGGGAAGAACUUUGUAAGGCUGUAUAUCCGCAGCAAUCCUGACCUUUAUGGUCCCUUUUGGAUAUGUGCCACACUUGUCUUUACCAUUGCUGUUAGUGGCAAUCUCUCGAAUUUCUUUAUACAUCUGGGCAAGCCAACAUACCACUAUGUGCCCGAGUUCAGAAAAGUGUCCAUAGCAGCAACAACGAUUUAUGCAUACGCUUGGCUUGUUCCCCUUGCUCUCUGGGGAUUCCUGAUGUGGAGGAACAGUAAAGUUAUGAACAUUGUCUCCUACUCGUUCCUGGAGAUAGUGUGUGUAUAUGGCUACUCCCUCUUCAUUUACAUUCCCACAGCGAUUUUAUGGAUCAUUCCACAAAAAGUGGUGCGCUGGGUCCUGGUGAUGUUCUCCCUGUGUCUUUCGGGGUCUGUUUUGGUGAUGACCUUUUGGCCUGCUGUCCGAGAUGACAACCGGAGGAUCGCGCUGGCGACCGUGGGGACGAUUGUUCUGCUUCAUGCCCUGCUGGCUGUUGGUUGUUUGGCAUACUUUUUUGAUGCCCCUGAACUGGAUUUUCCUGCACCUAUUAUCCCUGCUCACAAUGGAACAACAGUAGUAACAAAGAGUCAGUAAAUAAGAUUGCAAUGCCUGUUUCUCCAUCUGUACAGUAAUUUUAUUUUAGAUUAUUUUUUCACUGA